AUGUCUAAAAGUGGAAUUGCAGUAGUGUUCUUAGCUGGACCAUUGAGUGGAAUCUAUGCCGACAGCUGUAAGCAUCGUUUAGGCCGUCGGCGACCAUUCAUGAUGCUUGGAGGUCAAUUUAAUACUCUUCUCUUGAUAAAGAUAACAAUCCACAUGUACCUGAUGACCGACCCGUCUUGGCUUCUUAGGUCUUGUCACGGUACUCAUCGAACCAUCACCAUCUGGCUGGCUGCAUUUGCAUUCUAUCUGAUGGAUUUCUCACUGAAUGUUGUCAUGGUCACAUCCCGAUGCCUGAUUGUCGAUAUCCUUUCAUCCGACAGACAGGCUAUAGCGAAUGCUUACUACUCUCGCAUAGCCGGAAUAGGCGCUGUAUCACUCUACUCUAUCUCCGAAGCGAAUUUACCAAAGCUACUGAACAGCUCGUCUACUCAACUCAAACUGAUCACAAUGAUGUGCACUGCAAUCUUCAUCAUCACUCUAUCUAUCACCUGUAUGAUGGUUCGGGAAAAACCUUUACAGAUUACAAAGACCUCAGUUCCAAAGCUCUUAGAGAUUUAUCACAGAUUAUAUCAGGCUUGGGUAAGACUCGGAGAAGACAGUAACGUGAAGAGGAUUUGUUGGAUCACGUUUUGGUCAUCGAUCGGUUGGUUUCCGGUUUUAUUUUAUUCGAGUACUUGGAUCGUGGAGAUAUGGACCAUGACCACCAAACAACAAGAUCGAGAACAAGCAACCAGGAUAGGAAGUCAAGCUUUGUUAUCUCAAUCAAUCGUUUCUUUGAUCGCAAGUAUAAUUCUACCAAUUUGGUUCAAAGGAAGUAGGCAAUUGGCAAAAUUAUGGAUGUCGGCUUUGUGUCUGUUAAGUAUAAUGUUAGUAACUAGUUGGGUCUGGGCGAAGGAGGUUCGCUUAGCCAGUGGAAUGAUAGGUAUUCUUGGAAUCAGUUGGGCUGUGACACUGUGGGCUCCAAGCACUUUGCUAGCACAAGAGAUAUUGGAUGAUCCAAUUGAUCCGCAUACCGUUAUUCCUCUGAACCAAUAUCGACCUUCUUCGACCCAUGUGCACCCCUCAUCAAACCCAAUACAUCAUGUGGAUGAUGAUGAAUAUGAGGGUCUGCUAGAUGACCUUCAAGGAUUUGAUCAUCCAGCGACUGAUGAGAAUCUGGCUGGUACCAUUUAUGGAAUUCAAAAUAUAUUUGCUGUAAUACCUCAAUUGCUAAUCAAUCUCUUUGCAUCUGGGAUUUUCAAAAUUGUGAAAAAAGAUAAUGAUGGUCCUGGAGGUAUUACAAUGGUAUUUGUCCUCGGAGGGUUUAGUGCUGUAGUCUCUGCUUGGGGUUGUUGGAAGUUGAUUGGUAAGAUACAUCCAAAGCAACUGGGAAGAGUUUGA